AUGGGUAGUCCAAUUUUAUCCGACGAGAACAUGGCAGACCAUUCCGAGCCUCCAGCGAAAGUAGAAGAUAAGGACGCUGCUGUCGCCGAGCCGCGAGAUACGAAACCGUCCGCCGCCGAAUCGUGUUUCAGCACGGAUUUACUGAGAAUCUACUAUCGCCGCCUCUUCCCCUACGCAGACAUGGCUCGCUGGCUCUCGUACGGCAACGACAGGAAACUUCCCGGAACCGACGCGUCGUAUCUCCAGCGUCGCGAGUUCUCGUUCACUCUAGAGCACGACAUCUACGUGCGAUACCAGUCGUUCCGCGACGCCGCGGACAUGGAAGCCUCCAUCCGCGAUAAGAACCCGCAUAAGAUCGACAUAGGAGCUGUCUACAACGUCGACCCGGCGAGACGAUUGGCGUAUCAGGGAAUCGGGUCGGAAAGCGCGUUCGCUCCUGUGGAACGGGAGCUUGUUUUCGACAUCGAUAUAAGCGACUACGACGAUGUGCGAACCUGCUGCUCAGGAGCAUCGGUGUGCACUAUGUGCUGGCCGCUCAUGACGGCAGCCAUUAAAGUCGUCGACACUGCUCUGAGAGAGGAUUUUGGCUUCGAGCACAUCUUGUGGGUGUUCAGUGGCAGAAGAGGCGUGCACUGCUGGGUGUGCGACAGACGAGCAAGGAGAUUAACCAAUGAGCAACGCUCUGCAGUGGCUGAUUACUUUCGAGUGUAUAAGGGGACUGAAGCCAAUGGAAGCAAGGUGUCUUUUUCCGGUGCUGCUCUGCACCCCUCCCUCAUGAGGGCAUACGACCAAGUACUGAGGAGCGCGUUUGAGGGUGAAGUGCUGCCCAACCAAGAGCUGCUGAGCCAACCGGACGUGUGGAAGAGGGUGCUUGCCCAGCUGCCCGAUCAAGAGCUGCAGGAUCGUAUGGAUGCCACGUGGCGCGGCGACAGCAGGCGUGCGUCAGCAGCUGCUGACGUCAACGUGUACAGGUGGCAGCAGCUGGUGGCCACCACACGGGCCGCGGCUAAGAAGAAUGUAACCCUAAGGAAGGCCGUGGAGGAGAUAGUGUUUGCCUUCACAUACCCUCGCCUGGAUCUGGAGGUGUCGAAGCACAGGAACCAUUUGCUCAAGGCCCCGUUCUGCCUGCACCCAAAGACAGGUGCUGUGUGUGUGCCCAUCGACCCGGCCAACUGUGCUGACUUCGAGCCAAGCCAAGCCCCCACACUCAAUCAGCUGGUUGGCGAGAUCAAUGCAGCUCAUCGGGCAUCAGAUGGCACCGCUGCUGCGGCCAUGGGCAUUGAGUCGACAUCACUCGCUCCCUUCAUGGAAAUCUUCCGAAGCACCUUCCUGCGGCCAUUGCUUGCUGCCUCCAAGGAGGAACUGGAGGCAGAACAUAAACAGAAGCUUCACAGUGGUGCAAACGCCAGAACAGUGGAGUGGUAG